CUGACAGUUCAAACGCACGUCAUCUCACUUUCUCUAUACUAUAUUUUUCUCGUUCAUACUACAAACACCAUCACCAUUGAGGUUGCAAUCUUUUACUUUGGCCGCAAAUUUUGAUGUUAUAGCGUAAACGUAGAAUAGUGGAAUUUUUAGUUAAUCUUGUGUGAAACAAACGUCUAUAUAUAAUAAAAAUGUCUACAGCAGAUCAUAAAAUUGGUGUAAAUACAAAUUUACAAAAGCAAGAUCUUGAAAAUUUGGACGUUACCAGUCUAACACCAUUGUCUCCGGAAGUCAUUUCCAGGCAGGCUACCAUAAAUAUUGGUACAAUUGGGCAUGUCGCGCAUGGUAAAUCAACUGUAGUAAAGGCUAUUUCUGGUGUUCAAACUGUUCGUUUUAAGAAUGAACUAGAGAGAAAUAUAACAAUUAAGCUUGAACGUAUAGGCCAGAAAAAUCUUGAAGCUUUAUUAAAGUCGAGAGAAUCACUGCGCGAAUAUGAAAAACGCGUGGAAGUCAAACUGCAGAAAUUGCGAAUGGAGAGAAAUAGAAGUAGAAGCUUAAGUGUUGAUAUAUCAAAUUAUGGCGAUAAUCCUAACCGAAUUCAUUCAACUAGCCCUAGCAGUGGGUAUGAAAGUUUAAAUGAUACCAUAUCAAAUUAUAGUAAUGAUACUUACCAAGCAAAACCAAUAACACGUGCUGGAAGAGAUAUGCGUGCAGUAAGAUUAAGAAAAAUACAGACUGAAAAUGAAGAAAAAAAUAAGCAAAAGUUAAUUAACGUUUUCGAAAUUAAAAAGGGCCAGAAACGACGAUUGUCUGAAUUAUCUACUUGCAGUGGCGUUGACACAGAUACUAGUUCUCCAAUUAGUAAGCGUCAUAAGAUCGAAAUCGCCAUAAAGAAGGGAGAAUAUAUUAUUGAACGUAUUCUGUCAUUAGAAUCAAUCAAUACUGAACCUGUAUUUUUUGUAAAAUGGUUAAACUAUCCUCAUAGCAAAAAUACUUGGGAAACGUUCAAGAAUCUUAGUGAAUGUACAUUAUUGGAAAGUUUUAUUGAUGAACAAUAUAAAUAUUUUGAAAUUGUAAUUUCGAAUUUAUCGAAGGAAAUUAAAGUAGAAAUUGAGAGUAAUGCACUUCGAUUUGAUAUAUCCGAAAUAAAUAUUAAUGAAUUAGAUGAGUAUGAACCAAUAUUCAUAAAAAUUGAUUUCAUACUACUAUCACAAUUUCGACAAGCAGGUUCCAAAUCUGUGAGAGAACAGGAAAAAAUUCGAAAACGUCUUAUUCACAACAUGCUCUUAGAAAAAUAUUAUAUACGACGUAAACAGCAAUUACUCAAAUUGAAGGCAUUUGAAGAGAAUGUUAAUUUAAUAGAACCAAAUGCUCCUAUUACAGUUGAAAAUAAUGUGGAUUUAGAUGUUAUUGAUCCAGAAUUUCAUUAUAUAAAAGAAAGUUUUGCUGGCGAAGGUGUUAAUGUGUCAACAGAUCCUCCUAUUAGCUGUAAUUGUGACGGUGCUUGCAUACCUGCAAAUAAGUGCUGUGCACGUUUAGCUGGUAGUCUAUUUGCAUACGAAAAGAACGGUCGUCUACGUUUACCUCAAGGUCAGGCUAUAUACGAAUGCAAUAGCAAAUGCGCAUGCGAUGAAUUUUGUACAAAUCGCGUCAUUCAGCGUGGACGCCAAAAUAAACUUUGCAUAUUCAAAACAUCUAAUGGUACAGGUUGGGGUGUUCGCACCGAACGUAAAAUACUUAAAGGCGAAUUUGUCUGUGAAUAUUUUGGGGAAAUAAUUACUACCGAGGAGGCUAAUAUACGCGGUAAAAAUUACGAUGCUAUUGGGCGCACUUAUUUGUUUGAUUUAGAUUACAAUACCGCUGCAGAAAGUGUCUAUACAAUUGAUGCGGCCACAUACGGAAAUAUCUCGCAUUUUAUAAAUCAUUCCUGUGAUCCAAAUAUAGGAGUAUUUCCAUUUUGGGCCAAUAAUUUGGAUGUGAAUAUGCCACGUUUAGCAUUUUUCGCUUUAAGACCGAUUGCAGCCGGAGAGGAAUUAAAUUUUGAUUACAUUAGUGCAAAUAUAAGCGAAAAUGAAUAUGAAAAUUUAUCAAGUGCAGAAAAAGUUUCAUGCUGCUGUGGAUCGCAGAAGUGUAGAUUGUUAUUAUUCUAAUAAAUUUAUUACAAUUUAAUGUUAAAACGUUCACUGCCUACAAAAUAAUGUUUUAUUACUUAAUGUUUAAGUCUAUGUAAAGUCUAUAAAAUAUUUUUUCUCUAUAAUGUACAAACUAUAUUGAAGUGAUUAUAAGACACAAUGUAAUAUAUUAUUACAUACAAUUAAUAGAGCUUGAAU